AUGUCUGGCGGACACGAAGAGUUGAAGUUGAACGCCGAUGAUGCCUUCAAGCUGUUGGCUUGCGAUUCUCACAUCGGUACCACCCAGGCCGAUUUCCAGAGCGAACAAUACGUCUACAAGAGACGUCCCGAUGGUAAGUUCUUCCUGAAUUAGUUUGUGUUUUGAUUUUUAGGUGUAAGAUGAUAGGAAACUGCCUUGCACUUGAUUUUCGAAUGUUUAUAACCCCAUUUUAUUGUAGGUACCUACCUGAUCAAUCUCGGAAAGACAUGGGAGAAGCUGUUGUUGGCCGCUCGUGCCAUCGCCGCUGUUGAGAACCCAGCUGAUGUGUGCGUCGUUUCUUCCCGUGAAUACGCUCAGCGUGCGCUUCUGAAGUACGCCGCCCACACCGGAGCUACCCCCAUCUUCGGCCGUUUCGUUCCCGGAUCUUUGACCAAUCAGAUCCAAAAGAACUUCCGUGAGCCCCGUCUCAUCGUUGUCUCGGACCCUCGUCUCGACCAUCAGGCCAUCACUGAGGCUUCUUAUGUCAACAUCCCAGUUAUUGCCUUCACCAACUCGGAUUCGCCUUUGAAGCACGUCGAUAUUGCCAUUCCAUGCAACAACAAGGUACGCUCUUCAUCAUUUUCAUUUAUUGCAUUUAAGACCUUUUUUAUGUUUAAUUUCGACUGUUUCUUUCAAAUUCAUGAUUAGAAUCGCAAUUUAUUUUUGUUGUGUAUAUUCUUCUUGUUUUAGGGAAUCCAAUCCACUGGUCUUUUGUGGUGGUUCUUGGCUCGUGAAGUCCUCCAACUCCGCGGAAAGAUCUCCCGUGCCACUGGAUUUGUCCUUGACGACAAGCUGAUCAUGCCCGACUUGUACUUCUACCGUGACCCCGAAGAGACCAAGAAGGAAGAGGUCGGAGAAACCGUCGAAGACAAGCGCGACGUGUUCGAUGCUGGUAGCACGAAGCCUGAGGACUUCUCUACUGGAAUCCCUGGCACUGAACCCAUGAAGAUUGACUUCAAAUUCAAACAGAUCGACGAUUGGGCCGCCGCUUCAGACCCAACCCAGGGUGGUGAAGCCGGAGAACAAACCGCCACCGGAACCGAAUGGGGAACCGCCGCCGGCUCCAACUGGUAA